AUGGCUCUCGCGGCUCGGAAGAAACUGAUGCCGAAAUCGGCGAUUUUGAUCAGAAAAUACCAACGUCCCAUUAGACUCGGGUUUAUCAGCUUAGUAGCCCUCCUGUGCUUCCUAUUUCUACUCCACACGCCUCCUCAACACUCUUUACAAACGUCCAACAAGGAUGGAAAGGUUUUCAAUAACCUAGUACCUGUCAACCCGCAAACACUGACCAAACCGCACGCAGACAAAGUUCAAAAGGUAGAGUAUCCUGAAAACGACGGAACGCGCGAAAAAGCUGCGUUUGUCACCCUAGCAAGAAACUCAGAUCUGUGGGACCUCGUGCCUUCGAUAAGACACGUCGAAGACCGGUUCAACCGCCGAUUCCAUUACGAUUGGGUGUUUCUCAACGACGAACCGUUCGACAAAGAGUUCAAGCGAGUCACCUCGUCCCUCGUCUCAGGCAAAACAAAGUACGGUGUCAUUUCCAAAGAGCAUUGGUCCGUUCCUGACUGGAUUGACGAGGAAAAGGCCGCGUUGGCAAGAGAUAAAAUGGUAGCAGAAGGCGUCAUUUACGGCGAGUCUGUGCCUUACCGCCACAUGUGUCGUUUCGAGUCCGGUUUUUUCUUUCACCAUGAUCUGCUAAAAGAAUACGAGUACUACUGGCGCGUAGAGCCCGAAAUCCGUCUCUUCUGCGACAUCCACUACGAUGUGUUCCGCUUUAUGAAGAUCAACAAAAAGAAGUAUGGGUUUAUCCUGUCUUUGAGCGAGUACGAGUCAACGAUUCCCACACUCUGGAAAACAACUAAAGAAUUCAUGAAGGAGCACCCAAAGAAUGUCCACAGCAACAAUCUUAUGAACUUCAUUUCUGACGAUAAUGGAGAGACCUACAAUAUGUGCCAUUUCUGGUCCAAUUUCGAAAUCGGAUCGCUUGAUUUUUGGCGCUCUGAAGCCUACCAGGCAUACUUCGAUUACCUUGACAAGACAGGUGGAUUUUUCUACGAACGGUGGGGUGAUGCCCCAGUUCAUUCAAUAGCAGCCGCGCUUUUCUUGGAUAAGACUGAAUUGCACUUCUUCGACGGAAUCGGCUACUACCACCCAGACUUUUACUCCUGUCCUGUGGAAGAGAAUAUAAGAACACAGAACCAGUGUACAUGCAACCCAUCGGACGACAACACAUGGUAUGAUUACUUCUUCUGUACCAGGAAGUAUUUCGAUGCUCAGAAAUUGUCACUUCCGCCAGUUGUGAAUAAAGUUUGA